AUGAAGUCAACUCUGAUUGCCGUUGCCCUAGCGCAAACUGCCAUUGUCCUUGCUGGUGUGUACAAAGGGUACACGUGCGUCAUGUCAAACGGCCAAAUCAACCCAUCAAACAAUCUCUGCAAUGACGCCUACGGAACACCCUUACCUGGCCAAAACGGCGUUUGUUGCAUUUCCCAACCAGAGUACAAGGCGAACUACGACACGGGCUGCGCCAAUAAUGGGGGAAAAGUUAACCAAAUUGCCGACUGCUAA